GAGUGUGACUGUGUGACUCAGGUUGGCAAACAGAAAGUCGUCUUAGGACUAUUACUGUAGCUGUAGGGUGAGUGCUCUUCUCUAAGGGCACCAUGUAAAGAUGAAGUGAGUGCUCUCUUCCCAUAGACCUACAUCCUGAAUCCAGGAGGUAUCACAGCAGCAUGGUGGUGGAGGAAAUCAUCAUUACGCUCUCCGGUGGCGCGCCAUGGGGCUUCAGACUUCAGGGGGGAGUGGAGCACCAGAGACCACUGCAGGUUGCCAAGGUGCGCAAGCGCAGCAAAGCAUGCAGGGCAGGACUGCGAGAAGGGGAUGAGCUGGUGUCCAUCAAUGAGAGCUCUUGUGAGCCUAUGUCCCAUGCUCAGGCCAUGAACUUCAUUGAUAGCAUCCCUGGAUCACUGCGCAUUCGGGUAAAGAGGGCACCAGCUGGAUUCCAGUCAGUGGUUCUGGUGGCCCGAGCUCCUUCUCCCCGUAUUGAUAAAGAGUACCGCGCUGCCCUAAGGGCCAAAUCUCCAUCCAGCUCCAAAGUUCAGCAGUCUAGUGUUCGACAAGCAUACUACAGCUCACCAAUGUCCCAGACUGUCCGCAGUGGUGUCGCCUCCCCAUUUGGUAGUGAGGCCUACUAUGCAGAGACGGACAGUGAUGCAGAUGUGGCAGCCCAUGAUCGCCAACGUAAGCCGAAGCGCCGCAGCCCCAGUAACACCCCAGCAAAAGCAGGCUACACUUCUCCUGAAAUGGGAGAAGCCUCUGAGAUGAGUGGCUAUGACAGUGCACCAGAUGUCCAGAGCUACACAAGGAUGGGGCAUGGAUCCCAGGAGGGCACCUUGCCUGGUGUGGUUCGCCGAGAAGUGGUGUACCAGCUCCCUCCAUCUGGAGCCUGGUCCUCCCAGACCUCAACUGAGACCUCAUCCAUGAGUGCAGAUGAGCAGAGUUCUCAGGAUCUGAUAUUGGAGGAGGACAGUGGGUUCCAGGAGCCUGCUAAUGUACCACUAGUGUCUCCAGAGAGAGCAAAGGGGGCACUGAAGCUGAGCUCCCAUGGCCAGUUGGUGCCCAUGGUGGGGCCAGUUAAUAAACCAGUGGAUGAAGAGCUCACAAAGACCUACAUGGACAAAGCAAAACAAGCCAAACUGAAUCGUGGUGAGACACUGCAAGACAAGCAGGUGAAGGAGGCCCGCAAAAAGUGUCGCACCAUUGCCUCUCUGUUGACUGAUGCACCUAACCCCCACUCCAAGGGUGUCCUGAUGUUCAAAAAACGCCGCCAGCGUUCCAAGAAGUACACAUUGACAAGUUAUGGUAGUGUGGAUGAGGACAUGCAACAAGACUCUCAAGAGGAGGACAGCCAGUUCCUUGGAAGUGAAUCCGAGGUAGACGAGGAGGGGUUCAGUGCAGCACCUGAUCCCACAUGGGACAGUGACUACCUGGAUAUUCUGGAGAAGAGAUCAGCAUCUAGAGGUCUGGAAGGAAAUGAAGCAGAGGAUUCUCUGAACACUGGCCUGAGUGACACCACAGGGAAGGGGGCAAAACUGUUUGAGCAGCAGAGGAAGAGAGCUCAGGAGCAUGCCAAGAAGGUUUCUAUUGCUCAGGCACAACAGAGUCUAAUGCAGAGCCAAUCCCAACCUGAAAUCCAAACAGAAGAAAUACAAACACAACCAUCAAAUUUGUCUGUACAAGUAAAAAAACAAGUGAAACUCAGUGUCCAACCACCACCAGUUGCACCAAAGCCCACCAAACCACCAGAGUUGAUGAUACAAGAUGAGGCUUGUGCUAUCAAGACACAAAUCACAGGAUACCCACCUCAAGUAACUCCUUCCACUGUUAAUGAGCAUACUGCCAGAAUAACAGUACCAAUCCAAACCACGGUGCCUGUAACAAACCAACCAAUAUCUGCUGCAUUAGCUAAGAUGCCUCCACCAACAGCUCCUCUGCCUGAGUUGCCAGCUAGCUCAGUGUUGAACCGUACAGCUCGUCCAUUUGCCCCCGGCUUCAUCAGCCACAGAGCAGCUACAGCACCCGUCGUGUUUCACCCUAACACUGCUAAAAAGACUCCCAGACCAGUCUCAGUGGCAGUGGUGGCUACUCCUUUCUCAAUACCAUCUGAUGAGAAGGUUAUAGAUGUACCUUCUACCAGUUUCACAGUGAGCCAGAUGAGUGUUAUUGUUCCUGCUGAGAUGUCUUCCACAUUAGUCCCUGUGCCCACUGAGCCUCUCACAUAUUCUGCUAUACCAGACCCUGUAGCUUCACUUACUCCACAUCCUCCCUCGUCGAUGGAGAAUAGUCAACCUUCUAUUGCACAGACUGUAGUCUCUGAUUCCUCUGUUCCUGCCAGCGUCACUACAGCUACUCUUCCUGCUGGUCUCACAGAUCCCACUUCCAUAACCUUGACUGCAUCCUCUCAGUCCACUGCCCCUGAGUCUCCAAUGAUGUCUGUUGCCCCCAUGACUUUUGCAGUUCCUGCAAAUCCUGUUAGCUCAAUGACUCCUCUAGCUCCUGUAAUGUAUCAAGAGAAAGUCACAGAGGGAGCUCCUGUAGCUGGUGGGAAAACUGGCAUCCUUCAGGAUGCUCGCCGCCGUAGUGCCAAUAAGCCAAUGUUCAAGGUGUUUGAGAUCAAGAAAAACUCACCCAAUCCUGAGCUGCUGUCGAUGGUGCAGAAUUGGGAUGAGAGGCACAAGCAAGGAUACACAGAGCCUGUCUCCAUCACUCAGGAUUCAUAUAAUGUCAAUGAUAGGAGGGAACGGAUUGCACCACCAGUGGCUCCUAAACCACGCAUCAUUUCAGAGAUGUCUCAGAUUCCACAGGCAGAGGGUAAAGGUGCUGAGCUAUUUGCACGAAGAAAGAACCGCAGAGAUCUCUUUGUGAUAGAUUCUCCUCCAACACACCCUCAGCUGCAGCAUCAGCAAUAUACACAGCCCCAGUCUACUAUGGCUGUGAGCCAUCCAUGUGAGCCUUCACCCUGGAAGUACUCUCCAAAUGUCCGUGCUCCCCCACCCAUUGGAUACAAUCCUCUUCUGUCCCCUUCUUGUCCCCUGGGUUUACAGCGUGGAGGGGGAAGGGGUUCUGAAAAAAACUCCAAGGUGGCUAAGAGUGGUCAUGGAAUCCAGAAGGAAGGUAUCAGGGUCAUAGAUUUCAUGAGGCGACAGCCUUAUCAACUCAACUCAGCCAUGUUCAGGUUUGGAGGUGACUCAAACACACAGUCUUUAGGUUCCUCCUACCAGAAGCAGCCACAGGUGGGUCACACCUUAAGCCAACCCAGGCAGGUACCCGUGAAAGCAGCACGUGUGUAUGAGAUCAAACGCUUCUCUACUCCUACUCCUAUGUCAGCUCCAACGAUAAGCCCCACAGUGAUUGCUCCACGUGCACAAACCACUCUGGCUGAACCCUUGUGCCACUCUGACAUGACCUCCCCUACCCCAGCACCUGUUUCCCCUCCACCUCAGCCUGUACCUGUAAAUCCAACCAUGUCUGCACGAGCUCCAGGGUUGCCAGAACUCCCUAAAAUCUCUGCCACUCCCAUAUUUCUUCCUACUCCAUACUCACCCCCAGCUUCUCUAUCCAGCAUGUCAAGCCUAAGUUGCCAUGGUCUCCAAGCUACCAAACAGUUCAAGAGUGCUCCUGAGCUUAGUUCCCUGCCACCAGUCCCCCAGAAACCUACAAUCCAGGCACCCAGGCCACGCUUUAUUGCUACACGGGUGGGCAUACAGCCUCAUGUUUGGAGGCCUGGAGCUCUGUAGAAAUGAGUGCAACACUAAAGAAAGGAUGAGUUCAAUGCUUAUCAUCAUUUAUACAAAACAAUUCAGAUAUAGAUACUGGGAAAAGGAGACUAACAACAAUUGUGCUGGUUUAUUUGGAAUAAUAUGAAACAAACAAUCCUUUAAUACAGUUAGGUCCAUAAAUAUUUGGACAGAGACAACAUUUUUCUAAUUUUGGUUCUGUACAUUACCACAAUGAAUUUUGAACAAAAUAAUUCAGAUGCAGUUGAAGUUCAGACUUUCAGCUUUAAUUCAGUGGGUUGAACAAAAUGAUUACAUAAAAAUGUGAGGAACUAAAGCAUUUUUUAAACACAAUCCCUUCAUUUCAGGGGCUCAAAAGAAACUGGACAAAUUAAAUAAUUGUAAAUAAAAUGUUCAUUUCUAAUACUUGGUUGGAAACCCUUUGUUGGGAAUGACUGCCUGAAGUCUUGAACUCAUGGACAUCACCAGACUCUGUGUUUCCUCCUUUUUAAUGCUCUGCCAGGCCUUUACUGCAGCGGUUUUCAGUUGCUGUUUGUUUGUGGGCCUUUCUGUCUGAAGUUUAGUCUUUAACAAGUGAAAUGCAUGCUCAUUUGGGUUGAGGUCAGGUGACUGACUUGGCCAUUCAAGAAUAUUCCACUUCUUUGCUUUAAUAAACUCCUGGGUUGCUUUGGCUUUAUGUUUUGGGUCAUUGUCCAUCUGUAUUAUGAAACACCGACCAAUCAGUUUGGCUGCAUUUGGCUGGAUUUGAGCACACAGUAUGUCUCUGAAUACCUCAGAAUUCAUCCGGCUGCUUCUGUCCUGUGUCACAUCAUCAAUAAACACUAGUGACCCAGUGCCACUGGCAGCCAUGCAUGCCCAAGCCAUCACACUGUCUCCGCCGUGUUUUACAGAUGUGGUAUGCUUUGGAUCAUGAGCUGUACCAUGCCUUCGCCAUACUUUUUUCUUUCCAUCAUUCUGGUAGAGGUUGAUCUUGGUUUCAUCUGUCCAAAGAACGUUCUUCCAGAACUGUGCUGGCUUUUUUGGAUAUUUUUUAGCAAAGUCCAAUCUAGUCUUUUUAUUCUUGAGGCUUAUGAGUAGCUUGCACCGUGCAGUGAACCCUCUGUAUUUACUUUCAUACAGUCUUCUCUUUAUGGUAGAUUUGGAUAUGGAUACGCCUACCUCCUGGAGAGUGUUGUUCACUUGGUUGGCUGUUGUGAAGGGGUUUCUCUUCACCAUGGAAAUUAUUCUGCGAUCGUCCACCACUGUUGUCUUCUGUGGGCGUCCAGGUCUUUUUGCAUUGAUGAGUUCACCAGUGCUUUCUUUCUUUCUCAGGAUGUACCAAACUGUAGAUUUUGCCACUCCUAAUAUUGUAGCAAUUUCUCGGAUGUUUUUUUCUGUUUUCGCAGCUUAAGGAUGGCUUGUUUCACCUGCAUGGAGAGCUCCUUUGACCGCAUGUUUUCUUCACAGCAAAAUCUUCCAAAUGCAAGCGCCAUACCUCAAAUCAACUCCAGGCCUUUUAUCUGCUUAAUUGAGAAUGACAUAACAAAGGAAUUGCCCACACCUGCCCAUAAAAUAGCCUUUGAGUCAAUUGUCCAAUUACUUUUGGUCCCUUUAAAAACAGGGUGGCACAUGUUAAGGAGCUGAAACUCCUAAACCCUUCAUCCAAUUUUAACGUGGAUACCUCAAAUGAAAGCUGAAAGUCUGGACUUUAUGUCCAUGUACAUUAUAUAACUAUAACUUGAAUAUGUUUCAGUAAACAGGUAAAAAAAUCAAAAUUUGUGUCAGUGUCCAAAUAUAUAUGGACCUAACUGUAAUUCUGGCAAAAAAAAAAAAAAAAAAAGACUGUGCCCCAGGCCAUCUUGCUCAACAUUACUGCCUGACCUCACUAAUGCUCUUGUGGCUGAAUGGGCAAAUCCCCACAUUCAGGCUCCAAAAUCUGAUGGAAAGACUUCCCAGAAGAGUGGAGGUUAUUAUAACAGCAAAGUGGGGACUAAAUCUGUAAUCGGAUGUUCAACAAGCACAUAUGGGUGUGAUAGUCAGGUGUCUACAGACCUUUGGCCUUAUAGUAAAUUUUGUAAUGAACAAGACUUUUGAAAAGUAAUUACAUUUGAGUAUUCAGCAUGAUAGCCUGAUACUGAAUUUACUGUACCAUCAUACAGUAUGUACACAAUGCUAUAUUUAAUUAUCAUCAUUUUUUGGCACUCAGGUACCAAACAUCAAGGUCCUCACCAUAGUACCUAUAAAGCUGGCUAUAUCCAAGCCACUCCAUCAGUGUUUUUAGACUUUCAAAAUGCAUCUCAGUAAUGGAGAUGUGCUCAGCACUGUAGCUCAUGUAAGAUAAUCUCUCAGAAAUGUCAGUAGUGUUUUGAGCAGAGCAGAGAAAGCUUAUUAGGGAAACAGAAGAACACCUCACGAAGAGUCUUAGAAGAAUUAUGCAUUUAAUGUAAAAGGAACACCACAGUGGAGAUUGAUAGAACUGACCAUAAAGAAAUAUUAUUGGGAUUUGAGAUGUUUGAAGAUACUGUUUUAAACUACAGAUUAUAAAAGCUACUCACAGUCAAAUCUAUUAUUAUUGGCACCCUUCAAUAGAAUGGGUGAACUACUAACAUAUAAAUUUAUAUUUUAUGCUAUUAUUUACAUUUUCUACUAACAUUUGGAGAACAUGCUUACCUUUCUCUAAAACUUGGCACAGUUAUUAACAGAAGAAGUGGGACCACAAACAAUGAAAAGCCCUGAUGCCCACUAUAAAAUACGGUAGUGGAUCACUGAUGCUUUCAGGCUGUUUUACUAUAUAGUUAGUGGUCCAGUGUUGGAACUAUAUAGCAUACUCAUAUGUUAAACCUAAAAAUAUCCCUCACUGUGAACUUUACUCAUUUUAUAUAUUCAUUUUUGCUAAUUAUCAUGAACGGUGCCAAAAAUUCUGGAAUUGACUGUAAACUUGUAUCUGUUAGGUCUUUGUACUGGGACCUAUAAGCUUUAUUAAUGUUUGAAAAUGAAAUGGGACUGCAAGGCGCUGGCUAAAGGAAUAAGGUAAGCUGGAUCCCUGGUUCUCAUAAACCAAUCAGAAAUUAUAUCUGUCCUGGCAGACCCUGGAAGGAACAGGUGCAUGAGUGUCACAGCCUAUUUGUAGGAGCAACGUAAACAGCAAACCAGCAUCAUCCAAAUGGGCUCUGGCACUUAUGUCUCACUCACAUUCUAAUGAACAAAUAACAUUUAUUUAAUUAAUCUAUUUAACAAGAGCUCAAGUUAGCAAGUGUUAAAGGUUAUGUGGGCAAGACAGUCCAAAGCAUGGGUUUGAAGGCCGAGGCUUUAAACUACUGUAGUUCUGUGUUCUUAUAUAAGUAGUCACACCAGGUCUGUUUCGUGACCACUUUACAGGACUUUUGAAUAAGUAUUAAUUAUAUCACUGGAAUUAGACAUCAGGUUCUUAUUGCCAGUCAUAGAAAUCUAAAUUCCCAGCUAGGUGAUUGUAACUUAAAGUGAUACGAGUGUGAGCUCAAAGCCACCGAUGAGAGACGAAGGAAAGCAGAAAGCCGAGAUGAAUUGUGAAGCUUAUCAAGGCAGCAAGAAGGAAAAAGUAGCAAGUAGUACAGGAACUCAUGACCGUAUAGUAUCAUACUGAAUGUAUGAGGUGCUGAGAGAAUGAAAUAAAUGAUGAGGUACUAUGGUUAAGCAUUAUUUUUCCUCAAAGCAUAUUUAAACCUUCAGUAGACUUACUUACUAUACCCCAAAUUAGUGUUGAACAUGUUACACAAUGAGCUUGAGUUUAUUUACUGCCUCUACUGAUUUAUGCACUAUUCUGUAAACUAUGCAUGUAAAGCUUUAUAGUAAUAAUUGCACAUUUUCAUUUACAUUUGUCAGAUUCAUGAAUGUUCAGUUAAAUGAAUUGUAGUAGACUGUGGUGAGUCAUCAGAUUGUCUUUAUGUGCUAUAACAUUUGAUAAGUAGACUCUCGGGUAAUUGGGUGUGUGCAUAGGUAUAUAUGUUGCAGUGAUAGUGGACUAAAUGACUUUUGAUGAAAAUAUGUAUUUUUCAAGAAAUAAAAAAGAAC